AUGUCUGAUCUCUGUGUCCCCUCAGAUGCUAAACUCCAGGAUGUGCUAUCUAUACCUGCACCAUUCUCCAUUGCCCCCUCUGGCCAACUUUCUGUCGCUGAAUUACUACUUCUAAACCUGCAUACAAUUUCGCUUCAUGACCUGUUCCACCAUUUCAAGCAGCGUCAUCCCUUCACAAUUGUGCUAGCGGUGCAUUCCGAGACAGAGAUAAUUGUCCAGCAAAUGCAGGCAUCCGACCUCCAGUUUGUUUCUGUUGAAACUCUUGACUUUGCAGAUAUCCUUUGGCUCAAUGAGAAAUGGUGGAAUAACUAUGAGACGGACAAGGCUUUCAUUCGCCUUUGCACUAUCGGCUCUGCAUUGCAUGAUGGCACACUUCAUCGUAUUCUCUUCCCCAUCAAUAUCAACAAUGUUCACUGGGCUGUCAUUGAGGUCAAUACUGUCAACCAAAAUAUAUCCUAUGCUGACUCCCUUGACUGGAGCUGGCCUAAUGACAACAUCAAUACUAUAAAUUGUUGGCUGGGCUAUCAUGGUUUUGGCAAAUUUGACAGGGCAACCACACUCCAGCAUGGCGAGCAGCGAGACUCAUUCUCAUGUGGUAUCACAGCUAUAAACAUAAUCAAGCAUGCACUGUUUCACGACACAUUGUUCACUGAUAAUAGAGCAUUUUCCCUCCGCAUGGAAGAAUUUCUUUAUAUUGCUUAUGAUCACCUUGAACUCUCUGAUCCCAACAACAAUUCAAAUGAUGGCAAUGGCUCAUACUCAGACAGCAACAAUUUUGAGAUAGAAACUCAGUUACCAUCCCUGCCAAACUCUACCUCCGCUAAACCAAAACUCAACCUCUGUGCUUCCGAUGCUGAUCGAAGUGCUGGUCUGUUCCAGUUUUUCCUAAUGAUUUCACAUGAUGAGCAUCUAAAGUUCAUCUGGAAACCUGCUCCAGCGCUCAAGGAUUGGGAGCAGCAGGAGUUGGUCUGUUACCAGAGAAGGAUGGAUAUAUUUGAGAAGACUGCUUGGAAGCAUGAAAGGGCAAACAAGUUGGCUGCCACUCGUGUUGGCUAUGGAAUGUCACCGAUUGAGAUUGAGCGUGAGCUUAAGCAAGUUGAUCCCUCUCGCUUUUGUGGUAUUUUUGCACAAGUUAUAGGAAGAUGGAUUGACCAUAGCGGGACACAGCCAGUAUGGCAUGCCAAUGUCCUUGCUUGUGUUCAGAAGGGAAACCUUCCCUUGACCACCGGAACACCACCAAGCAUCCUCUCAAAGUACCCCAAUGUCACAAAGGCCAUUAUUGAAGAUCUCUGUGCUUUGCAUACUGUUGGUGUGGCUUUGGACACAAUGUGCUGUUGUGGUCUAAUCAUUGCUCGCCUCGCUGUCUCUUGUCCUGAAAUCUUUGAGGCCACUGCCAAGGACGGUUCAAGCUUUUGA